AUGAGUUCAAGCAAUAAUAAGAUCGGAGCCGGUGGCAAGACCAACCAAUCCAAUCCUACAUCAAUGACGUCAAGCAAUCCCUCUCUCCUCGGUAAAUUCAAUGAGCGACGCUCAACACCAGAUUCAGAAGCUUUGGCAAGCUCCGAUGAUGAACCCGACCGACAAGACAUUCAACAGCCAGUAAACCCGCCCCAAAAACCCACGCGCCGGGCCUCAUGGUUGAACGACACUACUCAGUCCGGAACCCAGCCAAGAAAAGGCUCGCUCGCAAGCAGCAGCAUGUCUCCAACAGCUUCACACUCUAGUACUCCUUCGGCUGAAUCCAACGCUUGGGGUCCUCAUGCUCAAGCAGCUGCAGGUCGUGGACAUACAAGUUCAAGCUCAUUCCCAUGGGGUAGUGGUAUUUGGAAUAGCGAGUCACGUAAGGAGCCACCCUCUAGAUUGACCGAAGUAUUACCAUCUCCAACGUCUAUGCAUCCACCGAGCUCAGCUGGCAAUGGAUACUUCCCCAACGAAAUGAUGAAUCAUCAACGGGACCCAUCCGUGAAUCCCACCAUUCCUUUCGCAAUUCCUCUCCAUCCUACUCCAAAGACGUACCGAUCACAGUCAUACUCCGUUGGUCAGCUCGAUCCAGAUUCUAGUGCUGGCCCAUCACCAGCGGCCGUUCCAGCAACUUCUAGUCGAGGACGCGGUAUAGGACAUUCUGGGUUGCACCAUCGACCCUCUCGACCAAGUAUGUUGAGCGAGAUGACCGAGGGCGGUCUAGGAAAAGUCAAAGAAGUCGAGGAUGAUGAUGAUGAGAGCACUAACAGUUCUACUCAUGAUGCUCAAAUUCAAUCCCAGGAGGCGAAGACCAUCGAACUGUUGGCUAGAGAGAAUGCUAUGUUACGCCAGCAACAUUAUCAAAACCAACGCCUUCGACCUCGAUCUUCAACAUCCAAUGCUUUCGGUCUUGGUAAUAGUUAUGGCUUGCAAGAAGAACCUCUACCCGAAGAGUCCGACUAUGCAAUCGACGAACUUGAUGAGCUCAACGAUUUACAGGACCCGUCUAAAGCAAUGUCAGGACGAAGAAUGAGUGAGUAUGGUAUCGGUGGUGCAAUGAGAGCCCCACCGUACGCUCUUGAAAACAGAAAGCUGGAGAAUGUUAAGAAGGCUUAUUGGCAGAGCUCUCUCGGAUUCGGUGGACUGUCUGAUAUCCCGCAGAGCAGGCGCCACUCUUUCGCCGAUAUACCUGCUCGACAAGGCUCUGUUAGCUCGGUCGCGGGUGAACCAUUGUCACAACUUGAAACUAGCAUCCAAGAGAGUCUGUCUUCAAAGGACUAUACUGGUCGGUAUAAUGAAGGCAACGGUUAUCCUACAACUGAUCAUGCAGCUUCUUACUUUGGCAAUCUUGUUCAAACAGGUCGUAAUACAGAUGCUUUCACACCUUCCGUUUUCAACCCUUCUGCAUAUCCUUACGGCAAUGUCAAUCAAUUUUCGAGUGGCCGCCCCACAUCACCGCAUCGAAGCAUGUAUGGCGUCCCACAGCCUCGACAUAACCAACUUCUCUACAUUGUCCUGUUCAAAUGUUCGCGAGCAGAUGUUUUUUAUGUUCAAGAAGGUACUGGUCUCUCUGUUAAGCCUGGAGAUCUUGUGAUUGUUGAAGCCGACCGAGGAACCGAUUUAGGCACAGUCGCUAAGGAUAACGUGGACUGGACGACUGCUAAAGAACUCAAAGAGCAUUAUGCCGAAGAACACUACAAGUGGCUCAUGAUGUACUCUCAGAGUGCUGUAGGCAACACCGAUGGAACCGGUGCCGGUUUAAUGGCUGCUGCUAAUGGCAUGCAAGGAAGUGCUGUGGGUGGCAUGGGUCCACCAAGUCAGCACGGCAUGCAAGAGCCUAAUCCAGGAGAGAUCAAGCCAAAGAUCAUUAAACGCCUUGCCCAGAAUCAUGAAAUACAAGCUUUGCGCGACAAAGAAGGAAAUGAAGCGAAGGCCAAGCGUGUCUGCACGCAAAAAGUGAAGGAACAUGGUCUACACAUGGAAAUUUUGGACGCAGAAUUCCAGAUGGACUGGAAGAAGCUCACAUUCUAUUACUUUGCGGAUGCCUAUAUCAACUUCAAUUCUCUUGUCACCGAUUUGUUCAAAGUAUACAAGACAAGAAUCUGGAUGUCCGCAAUCAACCCUGCUUCUUUUGCAAGUCCCGCACUGGGCUUGCAAGCGCCAAGUGGUAUUGGACCUGGAGCUGUGGGUGUCAACAGAACCACACAAGGUGAGCGUCGACCACAACAGACCGAGCAACCCCAAACAUACAACGCAACGCAAGCAGGUCGAGGAUAUCAAGGCGUCUUCGCGCAGCCAUUCCAGUCGACUCUGGACAGAAAUUCGGCAGCGGCUCCUGGCUUCCAGCCUCAAGGUUAUACUUAUGGAUAUUCUCCAUUUGGCGCUACCAGAACUGUCGGUCCUGCGAGCGCGUACGUUCCUUCGAUGAUCGACCCGUAUGCUGGCUUCGCAAAUACGGCGGAUUACCAGACACCCGGUCGAUUUCCUUCUCCUCAUAGCACUACACCAGCUCAUGAAGGUAGCGAAUAUGGACGACAAGGUGGAAUCGUUGGACAGUCUGAUGGCUGGAUCGGAGCUUUCCAAGGCUUAUCCAUGGGAACUCGUUAA